GCGGGGAUAGACUUCACCUUGUCUUCACGGCUCCCAUACAGCACAGCUGUGUGUGCGGGCAUUCAGACACGCGCGUGGGUCUCUUCAUUUCUUUCUUUAAAUGAGGAAUCCGGACAGUGUCAGGGGAAUGAUAUUGGCGACUGAUGUGUAUUAGUCUCUAACGGACGCAUAUACUUAGAAAUCACCUCACAGGAGGGCAUCUGUUUAAUUUUUUACAAGAUAAUAAAAUAAAAUGGAUAGCUCAGACAAGGAGAACAGGUCGGAUGAAGAAUUUGAAUCACCUGAAGAAGAGGAGGUAGACCCGAGAAUUCAGGGAGAGCUGGAGAAGCUGAAUCAGUCCACAGAUGACAUCAAUAGGUGUGAAACUGAGCUUGAGGAUGCCAGGCAGAAGUUUCGUUCUGUGCUGGUGGAAGCCACUUUAAAGCUGGACGAGCUGGUGAAGAAGAUUGGGAAAGCGGUGGAGGAAUCAAAACCGUACUGGGAGGCCAGGCGGGUGGCACGCCAGACUCAGCUGGAAGCACAGAGAUCCACGCAAGACUUCCAAAGGGCCACGGAGGUACUGCGGGCGGCCAAAGAGACCAUCGCCCUGGCUGAACAGAGGCUGUUGGAGGACGACAAGAGGCAGUUUGACUCGGCCUGGCAGGAGAUGCUAAAUCACGCAACACAGCGAGUGAUGGAGGCAGAGCAGAUAAAAACACGCAGUGAGCUACUGCACAAGGAGACCGCCGCCAAAUACACUGCCGCCAUGAGCCGAAUGAAACAGCUGGAGAAGAAGCUCAAACGCACCAUCAACAAGUCUAAGCCCUACUUUGAAAUGAAGGCAAAAUAUUACUUGCAGCUUGAGCAACUGAAGAAGAAUGUGGAUGAUCUCCAGGCCAAGCUGACGCAGGCUAAAGGGGAAUAUAAAUCAGCCCUCAGGAACCUGGAGAUGAUCUCAGAUGAGAUCCAUGAGCGCAGACGUUCCUGUGGCAUAGGCCCGCGGGAGAGAGGCGUGGGUGCAGAGGGUGAUGGUGUCAUUGGUGAAGACUUAACUGCCUUCAAAAUGGAGUCUGAUGGAAUAUCAAUGGCAUCUGGGUCCUACGAGGAUGAAAACUACAGCACGAGUGCCAUGUCAGAGGAAGACUCUGAGACUCAGUCCAACAGUAGCUUCAGUUCUGGGCCGAACAGCCCUCUGGACUUGCCUUGCCCUUUCUCCUCCUCAUCCUCCUUUUCCUCUGGCUCUCCAACCUCCACCUCCCCCACCCCCUCCUCUCGCCCCUGCAGUCUGGACCUGCCCAGCACCGUCUCUUUGUCUGAUUUUAGCCUGAUGUCUCCCAUCCUCGGCCCACGCAGCGAAUGCAGCGGCGCCUCCUCUCCCGAGUGUGACCUAGAGAGAGGUGACAGAGCAGAAGGUGCAGAGGCCAUACUGGACAACGUUCUCAAUAACAAUAGCAUCAGCAACAUCAAAACAACCUUUGGCCUGGAUAGCCGUUUCCGCCUGCUAUCUCUAAAACUUAGCCGAAAUGAAAGCAGGAAAAACGUUGGCCGAGACCCCCUGGGUUUGACUCAGCAAUCCACAAUCCUGCUCGAUGGGAUGUGACCGCAAUGGCUGCUACGUCUGCGUUGAUGUAUUCAUCCACAUUCUGUGUGCUAUCGAGAGGCACUGGCAGCCACCCAUCCUCCACUUCAGUGUCAUCCCAGCCCAUUUCUCUCACUGUCUAGAAUGCUCCACCAUCUCUCAGACUGAACUUUCACUCAAUCUCACAGGUGUGAGAAAAGCAACCCUUGACACGAUGUGCUGAGGAGACGAAUCUGCCAUUUGAAGGGGCAUAGGACUGGGUUAAGCUUUGAAAAGAAGACAAAUCUCUCUAUAAAAUGCAUCAGUUGUGAGAUUAACAUUCCCACAUGUUCCAGUCAAGAUCUAAAGAGUCUGAAGACACUUAAGGAUGACAUUAGCACUUGUUAAUUAAGAUGUACUUGUCUUUAGACUUAAGAAAUCCACAAGAGAGUAGUUAUGCUGUAGAUUUGCCACUUGUUGUCUUUAAAACCUGUGUAACUGUCAUGGAAAAUAUACAGAGUCAUUUGUGUGGCAGUAUAAUGUUACAACCAUUUGAGUUAAUGUAUAUCUAGGACAUCUGCACAUGAACAGACUCACCUGCAUGUCCUUCAUAAACUCUUAAAAAAGGAUGCAAAAUCUUCUGAGGAACUUCUGUGCUGCAUUGUGACUCAUGAGGAAGUGAAGCCAGCCAGCUGCAGGUCACCUUCUCAAUGUCAUCCAGAGACCUGCAGCAGAUACAAGCUGAUCCGUACAGGUCACUUUCACCUUCCUUCACAAGCCAAAAGCGUGAGCUUCCCUACAUGGGUGGACAGUGUGCAUGCUGCCCCAUUUUUCUCUCUACAUAAAGAAUGAUCAUCGUUUUCAAUAUAAAAAGAGCAAUAGAAAGAGAUUCACAAUGGCUUUGUGGAAGACUGGUUCAGAAAGUAGCAUAAACAAAGCUGGAGCUACUGUACUUGCACUGUUCUGAACGGGGGCAGAAGGGUUAUGGGAAUCAUUUGAUGGGUCUCGGUGGGGGACAUACAGCACUGAUGAAGUAGAAAAUUACUGAAUGCUCCAUCCAGCUUGUUGUGUGUUGUGCAGUAGCCACUGAUUUCGAAACAGAUGGCACAGCUUCAGGUCUAGUCGUUAGGGUGUGUUUUUUUUUUUUUUUUUUUUUGUGUGUGACCUUGUGUCUCAUCUUUUUUUUGCCUUCUCAAAUGUUCUCCUCCCAUUUGUUCUGUCUGUUGCAGUUUUGAGAACCGAUGGUAAGAAAAGAAACCUUGUAUAAGUAUUUAAGUGAUUAAUGGCGUUUAGUCUUUCGUUGUUUACAAAGCUUGUGUAAUUGUUUUCAGACUUAAAUAAAAUGAUACCUACUGCAUAA